CUAAAGAGUAAAUAAGAUUAUAGUAAUUACAUUCCAUUUCGCUGCAACAAUAUGAAUAUUGUCGGAGAUUAUGAGUAUAGUUCGAAGGAUAUGCUUGGCCAUGGUGCUUUUGCCGUGGUAUAUAAAGGACGUCAUCGCAAGAAACACUUUCCUGUAGCUAUAAAAUGUAUAACUAAAAAGGGAUUGAUAAAAACUCAAAAUUUACUUGGAAAAGAAAUAAAGAUCUUGAAAGAAUUGACAGAGUUGCAUCAUGAGAAUGUCGUUGCGUUGUUGGAUUGUAAAGAAUCACAAGACUGCGUCAACUUGGUUAUGGAGUACUGUAAUGGCGGUGAUUUAGCUGAUUAUCUCACUGUUAAGGGCACUUUAAGUGAAGACACUGUCAGACUCUUUCUUAUACAGUUGGCCGGUGCCAUGAGAGCACUUUACACCAAAGGCAUAGUACAUCGCGAUCUGAAGCCCCAAAAUAUUUUGUUGUCACACAAUUAUGGUAAAACUUUACCCGCGCCAUCGAAAAUUACACUGAAAAUAGCGGAUUUCGGAUUUGCACGUUUCUUGAAUGAGGGCGUUAUGGCUGCAACACUUUGUGGAUCUCCAAUGUAUAUGGCACCUGAAGUUAUCAUGUCUUUACAAUAUGAUGCUAAAGCUGAUUUGUGGUCUCUCGGUACCAUUGUUUACCAAUGUUUGACUGGUAAAGCUCCUUUUUUUGCACAAACCCCUAAUGAAUUAAAGGGAUAUUACGAAAAAAACGCCAACUUGGCACCAAAGAUACCAAGUGGUGUCUCACCUGAUUUGCGAGAAUUGUUGUUAUGUUUGUUGCGGCGCAAUGCCAAGGAUCGGAUCUCAUUUGAGAGCUUUUUCAGUCACCGCUUCUUACAGGGGAAGCCCCUCCCAUGCGGUACCUCUACUGAUGUGCCCCCGCAGAUGAGUUUGGAUAUUAUACCAGCAAAACCGAAAAGCUCUUUGCAGCUACUAAAACAGCAGCAGAUUGAAGCUAAUGUUGAUGUUGUUACAGCACAGCCGGAUGAUGCCUCGGUUUCAAUUGCGGAUAACCCGGCUAUCUGUGCCACCAUUACAAAUGUUGGAGUGCUUUGUGACAGCGAAAACAACAGCGAUUCAUCUGGGUCGCCAGAGGACUCAGAUGACUUUGUUCUGGUGCCUAAGAAUCUACCGGAAGAUCAUAAUGUCAUUGAAUAUGAGAAGAAGCACUCAGCAUGCCAGGCUGCUCAAACAACAAACCAAUUAAAUCCACUACGACCGAACAGUCUACCAAUUUCGGAACCGAAACCAGUCCCCGCGCCAGCUCGUCGAUUCUCGUCUAACACCAUUGAUACUGGUUCUGGGAAUAAUGCCUCGCCUGCAGGCCGUACAAAUGCUAUUAGUGAUAAAGCUCAACGACCACGUUCAAAUGUUUGUAAUGAGAUUGUAAUUGCAACUUCCCCUAAACAACCUUGUAUCGUCACGCAAUUUCCACGGUCACAGCCUAUUACUGUUAAACAACGUGCUGAACAUCGCAAAACUAGUGUUAGCAGCGAUAUUAAUUCCAUUUCACCUCCAGCAGUUCAAUUUGCCAUUGGUACACCGCCCACCCGACGGCGUUCUGCGUCUGGUAGUUCCCUAUCUGAGACACCACCACCAAGUGCUCCGUGUACUUGGCAGGUAAGUCCAGGUACACAGACACAAUCCCCCCUACGCCGAUCAGGCCACAGUUCACCGGUUCUUCCUUCUGUAUUGGCUAAAUUGCCUAUACUGGGUAGCCCGACGUUGAUUAUAGGUCCUGGUUCUGUCGGUUCGAUUGGCUCCGGUUCUUGUGGUUCGGAGAAUAAUAAUCAACAUCCCGUACUGGGUCCGCGUGCAUUUACACUACCAGAGCUCGGUGCUACAGGAGGUUUGCAAAGUCUUUUGGAUACAGCCAGUAGUCGUGCUACCGGUUCAGAGGGACAUCAACUUCAUACUUUCCAUGCACCUGAGUUGUCGGAGGAAACGCUUAUGGACCGCGAACAUAAUGAGACUCUAUCAAAGUUGAACUUUGUUUUGGCUCUUACCGAUUGUAUCCAAGAAGUAGCAGACUCGCGUUGCGCACCUCUUUCAGCCGUCAUGGCUGUGGGUGCAACAUCAAACGACCAACAGUCUAUACCGCCACAUGCACCUGAACAUUGCAAACGAGCUGAGCGGUUAGUAUUAUUGGUGCGUGCUUUACAGCUCCUUUCAAGUGGCUUAAACUUAGCAUCUCAACAGUUACGCAGUGGAAGCCUGAAACCAUCAUCAAAUGUUAAGAAUGCUUUGUUGACAAUGAAUUCUAAGUAUCGAUCGAUCCUCUUUGAGUCGAAGAGAUUGAAUGGUUCCGGUUUGCUUCAAAAAGCUAAUGCGUUCAACAUUACAGCCGAUAAAAUUCUUUAUGAUUAUGCUUUAGAUAUGUGUCAGGCCGCUGCUUUGGACGAGUUGCUUAGUAAUACAAAAAAUUGCUUUGAACGCUACAAUACGGCACAUAUACUGCUACAUUCGUUAGUUCAAAAAUGCAAUCAUCCACAGGAUAAAAUGCUAUUGAAUAAAUAUCGUGAUGCUGUUGAGAAACGUUUAAAUAUUUUGCAGCAACAAGGCUAUAUAUAUGUGACUGAUGAAAACUCUUAAAAUUCCGAAUAUAGAAUUUAUUUGCCAGUUUGGAGCCUUCCGUUUUCCGAACAGCAAUCAGAUAUUUUAUUAUUAUUCGAGUAUCUUAAAAUAUAAUUUAAGUAAACUAAUAUUUUACUAAUCAUUUAAUUUCAUUCGUUUGUGUAUGUAUGAGAUUUAAUUAUAUGUAAUUCACUACGAGCUAAUCUACAUAUAUACAUAUAAAAUAUAUUUCCUACGAAGAGCAUGUAUUCGAAUAAUUAUCAAAUAACUUUUUCUUCUUUCUUCCUAACAAAUCAUUAGGUUAGAUAUAUCUAAUGUUCAUUAAUAUCCUGCAUUAUGUAUAUAACAAACUGUGGCAAUAUACUAUUG